AUGAAUUUGCUAUGGAUUAUAGCACUAGUUGGCCAGCUGGUUCAGCUCGUUCAGGCAACAGCUACCUGCGCCAUGUAUGGGAACUGUGGGAAAAAGUCAGUAUUUGGAAAUGAAUUACCUUGCCCUGUUCAACGUAGCUUUGAACCACCCAUUCUUUCAGACGAAGCUAGUAAACUUUUGGUUGAAGUUUGCGGUGAAGAGUGGAAAGAGGUCCGUUAUGCUUGCUGUACUAAAGAUCAGGUGGUGGCAUUAAGAGAUAAUUUACAGAAGGCUCAACCUUUGAUUUCUUCAUGCCCAGCAUGCCUCAAGAAUUUCAAUAACCUAUUCUGUCACUUCACUUGCGCCGCUGACCAAGGAAGGUUUGUUAAUGUUACCAAGGUGGAAAAGUCACAAGAAGAUAAAGAUAUUGUUGCAGAAUUGGACGUUUUCAUGAAUUCGUCUUGGGCGUCUGAAUUUUAUGACUCGUGUAAGAAUAUUAAAUUCUCUGCUACCAAUGGUUAUGCGAUGGACCUAAUUGGGGGCGGUGCUAAAAAUUACAGUCAAUUUCUGAAGUUUUUGGGAGAUGCUAAACCUAUGCUUGGUGGAUCUCCCUUCCAGAUUAAUUACAAGUAUGACUUGCCAGACGAAGAAAAAGAAUGGCAAGAAUUUAACGAUGAGGUUUAUGGCUGUGAUGAUGCUCAAUAUAAAUGUGCAUGUUCUGAUUGUCAAGAAUCUUGCCCCCAUUUAGCUCCUCUAAAAGAUGAUGUGUGUAAGGUUGGUUCUCUCCCAUGUUUUUCCCUUUCCGUUUUGAUUUUCUACACAAUCUGUGCACUUUUUGCAGUUACGUGGUACUACCUCUGUAAAAGAAAAGAAAAUGGAGCAAUGAUUGUGGAAGACGAUAUUGUUCCGGAAUCAGGUUCCUUAGAUGAAUCUGAGACGAAUGUGUUCGAGAGUUUUAAUAACAAAAGUAACUCUUUUAAUGAUAAACUGGCUAGCCUAUUCUCGAAAGUAGGAAAAUUUUCUGUUGAAAACCCCUACAAGAUAUUGAUAACUACUGUUUUUAGUAUUUUUGCAUUCAGUUUCAUCAUUUUUCAAUACGCUACCCUUGAAACAGAUCCAAUUAAUUUAUGGGUAAGCAAGAAUUCUGAAAAAUAUAAAGAAAAAGAAUACUUCGAUAAUAAUUUUGGGCCGUUUUACAGGACGGAACAAAUAUUUGUUGUUAAUGAGACUGGCCCUGUGUUGUCGUAUGAGACACUUGACUGGUGGUUUGGCGUUGAGAAUUUCAUUACGGAAGAGUUACAAUCGUCAGAAAAUAUCGGAUACCAAGAUCUCUGCCUCAGACCAACAGAAGAUUCUACAUGUGUAAUAGAAUCUUUUACACAGUACUUUCAAGGUGUCUUGCCAAACAAGGAUAGCUGGGAGAGGGAGUUAAAGACAUGUGGGAAAUUUCCUGUAAACUGUCUACCUACUUUCCAGCAACCUCUAAAAACUAAUCUUCUUUUUAGUGACGAUGAUAUGCUCAAUGCGCAUGCCUUUGUUGUAACCCUUCUAUUGACCAACCACACUCUAUCGGCUAAUCGCUGGGAAGAAAAAUUGGAAAAGUAUUUGUUAGAUUUAAAGAUUCCCAAGGGCUUGAGGAUCAGUUUUAAUACCGAAAUUUCCUUGGAAAAAGAGCUAAACAAUAAUAAUGAUGUUUCGACCGUCGCUAUAUCAUACCUCAUGAUGUUUCUGUAUGCUACAUGGGCUUUAAGGAGGAAGAAUGGGAAAACUAGGUUGUUACUUGGAAUAUCUGGUCUACUCAUUGUUUUGGCUUCUAUUGUUUGUGCAGCCGGAUUUUUGACUCUUUUUGGUUUAAGGUCAACAUUAAUCAUAGCAGAAGUAAUACCAUUUUUAAUCCUAGCAAUCGGUAUAGAUAAUAUUUUCUUGAUUACCCAUGAGUAUGAUAGAAACUGCGAGCAAAAUCCAGAGUAUUCAACUGAUCAAAAAAUCAUUAGCGCUAUUGGGAGGAUGUCACCUUCUAUUUUGAUGUCAUUGCUAUGUCAAACUGGAUGUUUCUUGAUAGCUGCCUUUGUUACUAUGCCUGCUGUCCAUAAUUUUGCUAUAUAUUCCACAGUUUCCGUUAUAUUCAACGGAGUGUUACAAUUGACGGCUUAUGUAUCAAUUUUGUCUCUCUACGAAAAGAGAUCUAACUAUAAACAAAUCACAGGAAAUGAAGAUACUAAGGAAUCAUCUUUGAAAAAGUUUUAUUUUAAGAUCUUAACACAAAAAAGAUUGAUAAUCACUAUAUUCUCGGUUUGGUUUUUCACAUCUCUGGUUUUCUUACCAGAAAUUGAAUUUGGAUUAGACCAAACAUUGGCUGUUCCACAGGACUCUUACUUGGUUGAUUAUUUUAAGGAUGUUUAUCGCUUCCUAAACGUAGGACCACCCGUGUAUAUGGUUGUAAAGAAUUUGGACUUGAGUAAAAGACAAAACCAACAGAAGAUAUGCGGUAAAUUUACCACUUGCGAAAGAGACUCGUUAGCUAAUGUGUUGGAGCAAGAAAGACACAGGUCCACAUUAACGGAGCCAUUGGCUAAUUGGCUGGAUGAUUAUUUAAUGUUUUUGAAUCCUCAACUAGACCAGUGCUGUAGGUUGAAGAAGGGAACGGAUGAGGUGUGUCCUCCUUCUUUUCCUAAUAGACGUUGUGAAACUUGUUUCCAGCAAGGCUCUUGGAAUUACAAUAUGUCAGGGUUUCCUGAGGGCAAGGAUUUCAUGGAAUACUUAAGCAUAUGGAUUAAUGCGCCUAGUGACCCCUGUCCUCUAGGCGGCCGUGCGCCAUACUCAACCUCGUUGGUAUAUAAUGAAACAGGUGUUUCGGCGUCAGUUUUUAGAACAGCUCAUCAUCCUUUGAGAUCCCAAAAGGACUUUAUCCAGGCGUAUAGUGAUGGAGUUAGGAUAUCAAACUCUUUUCCGGAGCUAGAUAUGUUUGCAUAUUCGCCAUUUUACAUUUUUUUUGUUCAAUAUCAAACUUUGGGACCAUUGACGUUGAAACUGAUAGGGAGUGCUAUCAUCCUGAUUUUUUCCGUUUCUUCUGUUUUCUUGCAGAAUAUACGCAGCUCAUUCCUAUUGGCUCUGGUCGUCACUAUGAUUAUCGUAGACAUUGGUGCUUUGAUGGCGCUACUGGGUAUUUCACUGAAUGCUGUCAGCUUGGUCAAUUUAAUUAUUUGCGUCGGUUUAGCUGUAGAAUUUUGUGUUCAUAUUGUUAGAUCAUUUACAGUGGUUGCCAGUGAUACCAAAAAAGAUGCAAACUCAAGAGUACUUUAUUCGUUAAACACUAUAGGUGAGUCUGUCAUCAAAGGUAUAACUCUGACCAAAUUCAUUGGAGUUUGUGUUCUUGCAUUCGCCCAAUCGAAAAUAUUUGAUGUAUUUUACUUCAGGAUGUGGUUUACACUGAUCAUUGUUGCGGCACUGCAUUCCCUUCUGUUUUUACCCGCUUUGCUUUCAUUGUUUGGUGGCGAAAGCUUUAAGGACGAUUCGAUUGAAGUAGAAGAUUAG